CACAUAUCUUGGCUUUGAUCCUUCCAUAUAUCCGAUUUUCCCCUUCUUUGAGAAUGGUAUCGUCCUAUUCCACCCUCCACCCAGUCACAUGAGUGGAUCAGCUGAUCAGAAAAACAAACGUGCGGUGCUGAGACCUGUUGCCGAUAUGGGGGAGGAAAAAGUGAGAGUUUUGUACGAUUUCGAGGGUGUCGCGGAAAACGGAGAGCUGACCAUUUACACAGAUGAGAUACUGACGAUAGUGAGGAAGGAUGUCGGGGAGGGUUGGUGGGAGGGCCAGAAUGACCGAGGAGAAUCGGGCUACUUCCCGUCGGCCUACGUGGAGGACUCGGGGAGUGGCGGGGCGGUGACCGACACGCCCCCAACAACAGACAGUUCCUACUACAAUGGGUCCCAGGACACCUCAGCUACCACCUACACACCGGAGAGUGCCUCAGCUACUGACCAGUGGAAUGAUCCCUCCACUCAGUACCAGAACACAGCAGCCACUGACCCGUGGGACCAGGGUGUAGCCAACACAGCAUACUCCUCCAGCUAUGGCCAGGACUCAUGGGGUGACACCGCCACUGCCCAGGCUGGUGGACAGGAUGAGGGGUGGGAUGAUGACUGGGAUGAUGAUGGUGCCAGCACAGGCAGCAGCACAGCGACCACGCCCACAUCCCCAACCACCAAGACUAUGAGCAAUGAUGCCAGCAAGUCCGGUGGUACCAUGAGGAAAAGCCUGAACAGGUUCUCCAUGUUUGUCAAGUCUGGGGGAGAAGCCUUCAUUUUGGGCACCACAAAAAGUGCAGGCUCAACAAAGAACAGAGUCUGUGUCACAGAAACACAGGAGGGGGGGUGGUCAUGGGGUCCAAACCCUGCACCAUACAAAGUCACUGUGGCUGAUCCAAAAAAGGACAGUAAGCUGAAGGGACUGAAAAGCUUCAUCACCUACCAGCUCACUCCAGACAACACCAACCAGACAGUCAGCAGAAGGUACAAGCACUUUGAUUGGCUGUAUGAAAGGCUGAUAGAGAAGUUUACCACAAUCGCUGUACCUCCACUUCCAGAGAAGCAAGUGACAGGCAGGUACGAGGAGAAUUUUGUUGAAGGGCGUCGACAGCAACUCCAGCUGUGGGUGGAUCGCAUGUCAUGCCACCCUGUUGUCGCCCAGUCAGAGGUUUUCCAGUUCUUCCUCCAAUCUCCUUCUGACAAAACCUGGAAGGAUGGGAAGAGAAGAGCAGAGAAAGAUCCGCUGGUUGGAGGAGCUUUCUUCCACACUGUGGAAGCACCUCAGGCACGUCUAGAAGCAGCCAGGAUAGACACCAACAUGGAGAACUUCAACAAGUUCCAAAAGAGCAUGGACGAUUCAGUGAAGAAUCUACUUGCUGUGGCUGCAGAAAGUACCAAGAAACACAUGGGAGGCUUCAAGAGGGAGUACCAAAGAGUUGGCGAGGCUUUCACAAAGCUUGGAACAACUUUUGAUUUGGAUAAGAAGCCGUCAUCUAAGCCCCUCACCACAGCAUUGUGGAAAACAGGUGCAGCUUACUUUGAAAUUGGCAAAAUGUUUGAAGAGCAGCCACAGCACGACCUGAAUGCUCUCAUGCUGAAGGUAGAUGAGUACAAGGGCAUCCUGUCCACCUUCCCCGACAUCCUCCAAUCCAUGAAGGGAACGAUGACCAAGGUACGGGACUGCCAGCGGAUGGUGGUUGAGGGAAAGAUGUCUGGUGAUGAAUUAGAGGAAGUUGGGGCCCGAGCCGAUGUCAUCACCUACACCACUCUUGCUGAGAUCCAACACUUCCAUGAAAUGAGGGUGGUGGACUUCAAGGCUAUUGCUCAGCAUUUCUUGACAGAACAGAUCGAGUUCUACGGCAAAAUAAAGGCCACACUGGAAGAAAGCCUAAAGAACUAUGAAAAUGUUUGAAGCUUUUUCAACAAGCCCACAUUUAUGCUUAAAUUCAGAAAGGACAUAUGAUAAGCAAAAAUGAAGUUACCAAGAACAUUAAUCACAACUUCUGCAGUGGUCCUUUCAACUUUCAGAUGUCAAAUCCCAAUAAAGUGAAAGUUAUCUUACAGAAAUACGUAUAAUUUAUGCAGAAAUUCAUUGUGGUAGUUUUGCUUCAUGUUUCUGACUGUAAAACAUCUGAUUACCUUCUGUACAUUGUUUUAUUUCAGGGAAGUAACCAUCAACUUUGUCAUGAUUGUUGUCCAAUACACCUUCAAAGAUGUAGACUUAUUUCAUGUGGUACAAUAUUGAAGAUACAAUUUAAACCCUGACACAUGGUUCAAUGGUACCUUUGUUAAAGGGGAAUGUGAAUCUAACUACAUACUGUGAUCAUAGCAUAAUACUUGAAGAUGGUCUGUGGAUCAUUGGUACUUCAAUUACUUGCUACCAGUAUAUCAAUUACAUAUGUUUAAAGUGAAAUUGGAAAUAAGUAAUAACAUGUAAUAUAAAUGAAUGAAAUGAAAUGUACAGUGAAGUUAAGCAUUUUCUUAUACCUCCAUUGUUUGAUUACAAAAUGUGUGAUGAUGUAAAUAGUUUCUUGCCACAAAUAGGUCCUUGCCACAAAUUGCCUAUUCAAUGAAAAUGUCUAACAUUUCAUGUUUAGAAAAGAACAUAGAAUGUACAUAGUUUUCAAUGUUGCCACUUGUAGAAAUGUUCAUGUAUCAAAAAUGUACCAUCAAAGGUAUGAAAUCUGCAGUAAAUUUACAAAACUGAUACAGCAGAGCAAGUGGUGCAGUAUCACCUGUGCAAUGGCAUUCUGACACUAGAACACCUGUUAAUGAUGUAUAUUUUAUAUUUCAACCCUACGUUAGACUAUGACUGUUGUUAGUAAAUGAGAAAGAAAAUUAUACAAAGAGGAAGUAGGGAAGCAUAUUAUACAAUGGAAUUAAUUCAUAUAAUUUACAAGUGCAUUAAACUUUUGUGUGCUAAAUUUACUUUUAUAUGUACAUGUCUGUACUUGCAUAUUGAUAAAACAAU